GAAUUGCGGCCAUGGCUUCUUUUCGAGCGUCCAAUUCUUCUCUGUCAAGGGUCCAUCUUCCUCUCACCCGAGUCCCGUUUGAUAUCGCCGGUAAUGAUACUCCUUGACUGAGAUCCUCACAACAAUCCCGAUAGUAUCUCGUCUCAUCCUACAUACCUGAGACCUCUGGGUUGACGUUGGGACUUUACCAUGCGUGAUGAUGAAAGGUAUCCCACCCUGGUCAGCGGCCCAGAAGGUGCGAAUGCGCCCGAGGUUAUCACGACACCACAGCCUGACUUGGAGGGACGCGACAAGGUCGUGAUCGAGACGUCGCCUGCCGGCCUGAUUCCCAAAUUCGACGAUGCUCAGAAGGAGGUUGUUGUGAACAUGGAUGCUGGAGGAGACAUCAGAGGCGGCGAGGCUUCAAUAGUCACCACCACCACUACCACCGCCGCCAAGUCGCGCACAUGCUGUGGCAUGAAGCGCCGUAACUUCUUUAUCGCCCUCGCCGUGCUCGCUGCCGUACUGGUAGCCGCUAUCGUGGGCGGCCUCGUCGGUGGUCUACGCUCCAACUCGGGCUCAGACGACAGCAACGAUAGCUCAUCACCGACCUCGACAAGCACCGGAGCCGUGCCGAGGAAAACGGGACCGAUUGACGCCGAUGAGCGGUGCAUGGCCGCUUCCAUUGUCACCGACGAUGACAACCAGAAUUCGCAGGUCUUCUACAACGACCUCAACUCUACCGACAUCUACUACCGGCGCAUCCACGACGACGAAGGCACCGACGCCUACGCCCUCGAUCUUGACAUUGAGCCCAACUGGGGCGCGCCCAUGGCCGCUGCGGCUGGGCUCUCCUCGUCGUCCAUCGAAACUCGCCUGUACUAUGUCAUAACAUCAGACAACGAGACCCAGAUUGCCCAGGCCGUCCUGAAUUGCGGCAGCCUCGAUGCCGACGACGACGAAGACGGAGAUGAUGAUGAUAGCAGUAGCACCAGCGGCCCUUGCUCCGUCACCUCCAACUCCAUCAUCUCGACCAACGUGACCAACGGCGUCCACCCGGACACCAGGCUGGCGGCGCUGCGUCUCAGCAACGACUCAAUGCGUAUUUAUUUCCAGGCCGGCGGCGCCAACAUCUGGGUUCUGCACGACGACGACGACGGUACGUGGACUGGGUCGAAUCUCAUCGGCAAUGUUCGCGAGGGUUCGUCCAUUGCGGCGUCGGCGGCCAACGCGACGGCCCUGCACGUAUUCUACGUGUCUAAUUCGACCCAGCGAUUGCGCUACAUUGGGUACUCUGAUAUUCUCGGCGCCGAUAAUGCGGAAGAUAUCGACGAGAGCCCUGGCUCGGGAUGGUCAGCCAGCGCUGCAUUCGCGACUACUUAUGUCCCCCAGUUCGAGUCCUAUCGCCUCUACUACACCAACCCCUCAACUGGCACCAUUGUGUCCUACUUCCAGAACACUACCACGCCCUGGAGCGUCAACCACAACGACAACUGGGGUGAACCAGACAGCAGCAUCGCUGCCGUGGCGUUCGAGAACCAGGUCCGCCUCAUGUACUUCCAAAACAGCACCCUCGUCAUGUCGUCGCAAGAUGCCACCUCUUGGGACACGCCCGAGGAGGUGGGCGGCGAGGCAUGAUGUCAGUUAUUAGUUGUGCAGUAUGUUGGGACAAAAAUAAUGGGCGUUAUUUGGCUGGGCCUUCUUUUUGGCAGUACCAAAGUGGUGAGAAGACCACUGUUUGAUGUCAUGAGCAUGGAGCAGCGACUUGCAUAACGGGACUACCCAGACAUAAGACAUG